CCGGCGUGGUGGGGCUUAUUCUGCCUGAGGGGGUUGUUUGGUGUUCGGCUUCGCUUGCCGUUGGCGGCCCUUCAGACGGGCACCUUUUCGUGGCGGCAUCUAAGAACUUCCGCAGCCCCUCUUUCGCUCUCUGGACCUUCCUCGGCCCCCGCUUUUCUCCAUCCCGCAGACGCCCCUUAGAGCGGACUGAACCUCUCAGUGUUUCUCUCUGUUUCCUCUGUGACUGCUCUUCUCCUUUUACCACGGCUUCUGCUCUUCCCACGAGGCUGUCUGAUAAGCAUACCAAUCAACAGGUGCAGCUCCCUCAGUAGGAAGACGCCUACCUGAAGGAGGUGCACCUGUUGAACUUCUGGUUAUUGGGCAGCUUCCUGGCGGCUCAGAUGCUCCGUCGGGACAACUAGGAAGAAAUUGUGCUGUAACAAAGGGAACAGUUGAGAUGGCAGAAAUGCAGAUAGAUCCAGACCUGGCAAAGCGGCUCUUUUUUGAAGGUGCUACAGUUAUCAUCUUAAAUGUGCCAGAGGGAACAGAAUUUGGCAUUGACUACAACAAUUGGCAGGUGGGACCCAAGUUCCGUGGAGUCAAGAUGAUACCACCAGGUAUUCAUUUCCUCCACUACAGCUCUGUUGACAAGAAUAAUAAGAAAGAAAGUGGUCCUCGCACUGGCUUCUUCUUAAAUUUGCAACAACGUGAUCUACGAAUCCUAUACUGGAAUAAAGAUAAAGAAGAGGUGGACCUCACCCCUGCAUCUGAAGAGGAAACAAAUGCAAUGAGGGCUAACCUCCAAGAGAUGGACAAAUUUCUAGGUCCUUACCCAUAUGACACUCUUAAAAAAUGGAUUUCCCUCACUAAUUUCAUUAAUGAAUCUGUGAUGCAGAAGCUGCAGCCAGAAAGUGGACAGAUAUGUGCCUUUUCAGAAGUACUGCCUGUCUUGGCUGGGAAGUACACUAAAGAUCGGAUUGAACAGAACCUGCCCCGGUAUGACACAGAGUGCAAAAGUUACGCAGAAGGUCUGGCACGGCUACCCAAAAUGAAACUCAAAGCCGGCACUGAGAUCAGAUUCACAGAAAUUCCUAAGCAAAUGUACCCUAAAGAUGCUACACCAGAGGAAGUUACUAGGCACAGCAUGGACCUCAGCUAUGCCUUAGAGACAGUGAUCAAUAAACAGUAUGCCAGCAAUUCUCAGGAUGUGCUUGGGGAGCUGCAGUUCGCCUUCAUCUGUUUCCUGAUUGGGAAUGUGUAUGACGCAUUUGAGCACUGGAAAAAACUCCUGAAUCUCUUGUGCAGAUCAGAAGAUGCCAUCACAAAGCAUCAAGCCCUGUUCAGCAAUCUCAUUUCCAUCCUGUAUCAUCAACUCAGUGAAAUCCCACCUGACUUCUUUGUGGACAUAGUCUCCCAAGACAAUUUUUUAACAAACACCUUGCAGGUGUUCUUCUCCUACACAUGCAGCCCAGCUGUUGACAGGACUCUGAGGAAGAAGGCAGAGAGAUUUAAAGCCCAUCUAACCAAGAAAUUCAAAUGGGAUUUUGAGGCAGAGCCAGAGGACUGUGCCCCAGUAGUAGUGGAACUACCAGAAGGUGCUCUUGUGGACUGAAUGAACUUCUCCCUCUUUCUGUUUAUUUUUAAAGUUGUAUUUUCUGUUGUAGCUUUUUUGGAUCUGCAUUCAGCAGAACCAUCAUACUUUACAUAUAUUAUUCCUCUUCCUUUUAAGGAGGCAGAAUGGAGAAGUGCCAUAAGACAACACAUUCCUGCUGGAAACAGUUAAACAUUUUGGAAAAUGUGGACUUGAUUGAACACCAGAUUCAGUCAUGUUCUUUUUAUGGCUUGCUCUGGCUUAGUUCGUUUGUCACUGCAGUCUCAUCUAUAUUUCUUUGGGAGUAUACCCCAUUGAUCUUACUCCCUUCAGUUUGUGGAGUUCAGUAUUUUGUAAGCAUGCAUAGGACUGUACUGUGUGACUCAUGGAUACACUUUUAUUUGUUGAAAAACUUUGUUUUAGGUUGCAGUUUUCAGUCUUGAUUUGCCUGUUGUUUAGUUCCUUGGUGUGUAAGUGGGAAAGUAGUAAGCUAGAAAAGCUUUAUAGUCAGAAAACUGUAAAUUAUUAUCUAACAUAUGCUUGAUCUAUACAGUGCAAAAUAGAAAGAUCUUAUAAACACUGUAUAUGAAAUUAGCCCACACAAUCUAGCUUGUCAUUCAUUGUAAACAUCAGUGAUUCAUUUUUAUUAAAGGCAUUUUCAUUGACUAGAAACUUUCUUGAUAACUUUCUUAGGGUGAUAGACUUAAUGCUAAAAUGGUCCCAUCACUUUUAUUUUAUUAUCUCUCUCUGCCUCAGCAGAUUAUUUCCCUGCCUUUUUUCAGAGCAACAAAAAUCCACAGGUGUUCCAAAUUAUGAAAGAAAAUUAAAAUCCCAUCUUGAAUCAGGGACAGUCUUCUGUUUAAAUUGCUAAUAAAAAGCUGCAUUUUUUUUUUUACUCACAUCCUCUCAGAAUAGCUUUCUGUUUUUAUUUAAGAGCACUGAAUAUUCUGUGAAGCAGCCUACAGCAAGCUUGUUAUCUCCUAAUGCUUUCUCUGGGGUUUGAGAUGCUGCUGAAUUUUUCAAGCAAGAACCCUACUGUGUAGGGAUUCAGUUGUUAGUCUUUCCAGGUUAUUAGGCUCCUAGUGUCAGCAUGUGUGUUUAACAAGAUAACCUAUGUGUUAGUGUUCAGCACACAAUAAAUUUUCCUGUUUGAGGUUUUCUUAGAAAAUG